AUGUUCGUCUGCCACAGAAAUGUCCAAGUCCAUCAUGAGCGACGAACUCUAUAUCCCCCCUGCGGUGUUCGCUUCCGCCUCCAAGGCAAGCGCAGCGGAUGCGUCCUCGUGGGCAACACCAAUAAUACACUCACUGACUACGAUGGAGGCGAAGUGUACGACGACCAGUGGUUCACGCUGGCCGAGGUACCCGGCUCAAGUGACACCUACUUCAUCCGCAGCACGUACAACCGCAACAACAACAAAGUGAUCUUCUGCCGCGCAGGAGCGUACGAAGUAGGACUCUACCGCACCGACUACGAAGACCAGCAUUUCCGACUGGACCCUGGCGAGGGCGAGUUCCGGGGCCUGUUCCGGCUUCUCGCGCCCGCGACAAACCGGGUCAUCACUUCCAACGGCCGGUCCAACGGGGUGGGCAACUACCCAGCCGACAAGGAAAAGUACGACGACCAAUACUUCUCCUUUCUGUUCGAGGACCUGGUGUUCGAUUACGUCGAGUACGACAUUGACCUGGGGGCGACCAUCGGCGAGGGCGUUCCCGAGACUGUGUCUGAGACCAUCUCCUUUGAGCACACCAGCGGCAUCACCCUGACAGAGGGCAUGACCGCCAGCUUCGGCAUCCCGGGCGUCAUGGACGGUGAGAUCACCACCGAGAUGAGCAUUGUGGACUCGUUCACUUUCGGACAGAGCAAGACUAUCGAGCAUACCGUCGGAUCGUCGGUUACUGUCUCGGCGCCACCGCGUACAACCACGACUGUUGAGGCGACUGUUACCCAGAGCAAGAUUACUGUGCCUGCCAAGAUCUAUUCCAAAUCCAAGGCCCUCGGGAUUACCGUGAUUACUGAGGUGAUUUAUAAGGGCGCCCCAGUCUGGGGGAUUGUCUAUGACAUCAAGCCUCCUGUUCCGCUGGAUGAUAAUGCCAAAGCUGCUUGA